AUGCGCAGCUUCACCCCCAAAUUCGACGUCCGCGAGAGCGAGGCCGCAUUCCACCUAGACGGUGAACUCCCCGGCAUCGCCCAGGAAGACAUCAACGUUGAGUUCACCGAUCCGCAGACUCUAGUCGUGAAGGGUCGUACUGAACGCGAGUACCACACCACCGAGCCCAAAGACCAGUCUGGCAAUGACCAGGCUGUCGAGACUACGGAGAGUGCUGCGAAGACUUCCAAGGCUAGUCACCGCUACUGGGCUAGUGAGCGCACCGUUGGUGAAUUCUCGCGCACCUUCUGGUUCCCAAAUCGCGUCGACCAGGACAAUGUCAAGGCUACUCUGACGAAUGGCAUCUUGUCUGUUGUGGUCCCAAAGGCGACUGCCUCCACUGCGAAGAAGAUCACCAUCGAGUGA